CUCCCUCCUUUUUGCUCGCUUCUACUUUUUAAAUUUACUUUUUAGUAGGUGAUCAUUUUGAGUCUGCUUGCUGAUGAAUGCACCUUGUGGGCAUAAUGAUCAUUUAUUACUCUCAUAUUAUAUACGAUGUCUACUUAUCAAAAAAAUUAUAUACGACGUCGAAAUCACAAAAUCCAUCGUCAUUCAUGAUAUCUAAUUGCCAUCGUCAUUCAUGAAAUCUAAUUGCCACCACCCGCUUUCUGUUGGCCCUUUAAGGAUGAUAUUCUUCUUUUUCUUUUAAGCAUAUAGAAAAGGAUGAUUUUUUAAUUGAUGAAAAUUAUAAUUAUGGCUAUAUGAUCACUGGCAAAAGCUUGGCAAAAAAAAUGUGAAAUCUACAUCCUUUGUCUACUUGCUAAGGUAGCAGCGGACUAAAUAUGCAGUAAGCAUUAAAUUGUGUGGGUUCGCUAGCUGCUAAACAGGGGCGCUGAUUGAUUGUAUUAUUGAAGUUCAAGCAUUUGAUAUGAGGAAUCUGUCAUUUAUAGCUUUUUUCCUAAGCAAACUUACAUGAAAAUUAAAUAGGGGAAAUACAAGAGGUGAGGGUGACCUCAACAAAAACCCCAUUAUUGAAAUUGCUGUGUAUGCUAACGAACCAAAUAAAAAUAAAUGGGCAAUGGAUCCAAAAAAUUGGACCUGAAACCUUGUUCCUUGGCUUGGGGACCGCUAAGAUAGCCGUUUUGUAAUCCAAUUGGUAAUUUGGUGGAUUUGUUGGAUGUGGCUGUGAUCUGCGCUUGGAUUAGGAAUAUUGCAAUCAUCUAUUCUAGAGUUGUUGAGGAAGAUCUCCCCAUCCUUUUCCUUUAGAUUCUUCGUUAGGAGACGAUAAAAUAUAGUUGGAUAUCUAGAAACGGACAGCCCAGAUCAGUAGUGACUCAUCAGAGGAAUGCUCGGUGGUGUUGGGGCAUGAGGUGACAUAGAUUUGAUAGAGAUCCUGAGGCAAGGAUCCCAGCUAUGCCGCACGUGUGGUGGUCAGUGGCUGGAAUAUGUAUUGGCAGUUGAAAACAAUGUACAGCUUAGGUGGCACGUGUAGCCAAUGCAUCUGUGUUUAGCAGGACUUCCACCUGGGUUUUGAAGAUUAGCGACUGGAGAGUGCAGCUAUGGGUUGUGUGGCCAUCCCUUGGCCUGAAGGUGGUAAAUCGGGCAUUUUCCAAUGUAGUGGAAAAAAGAAAAAUACUAAUAAGAAAAGUGGAAUUUAAAACAGAAAGGCCUACUGUGUACGGGAGGAAGAGGAGGAGCUUCUGGAGAGAUUAGGCUGGUUUCUUAGAGAGAGGUUGGAAAGAACUAUUACAGAGAAAAGACAGCUGAUAUAGCGAGGCUGUGCAGAUGUAGCAAUUGUCAUUUAUAGUAGUCAUCUUCCAGUACUUAAGUCAUAUUGACGACUUCAUGGAGUUGGAACUAAUGGAAUGGCCAUAUUCACCUAUUGAAGUCAAUAGAUGGAUGUGGCCAUAUGCUUCAAUGGGUGAAGCAUAAACCUCAGUAACUUGACUUCAAUAGGUGGAUAUGGCCAUAUGCUUCACUGCCAAGCCUGACAAGUUACUUAAUUUAUGGUGGCCACUGCCCGGUGCUGUAGCUGAAGUUUUGGUAUGUCCAGUGCAAAGUGGCUACUCAGAUAAAUGAUGAAAAUUGGGGCCUACCUAUGACAAGUUUCUUCGGAGGACCCUUCUUUGUCUGGCCAAUACACGCUGUCAAAUUUGUGGGCGUCCUCUUAAGUCAUAAUUCGUUCUGGGUUUCAGCUAUUUCUACUUUCAAUUGGGAGCAGUAGCUUAAGGUUACAGAAUUGCAUUAGUUUUUUGCAGCUCUUAUGCUCAAACUUCAGUGACAAUACUAUUGCAGUAACGAGUCAUUAUAUUGUAAUGCUACAUCAUGAAGGUUCAGCAGGAAUGGUUUACAUCAAUAUUUCAGUUCUAUAUAAAAGUAUAAAUCCUAAUAUUUUAGACUCUUAAUCGGCUUUCUAUGGGAUUUUCCUUUGCAUCAUAGAUUGGCUUGAUAACCAUAAUGCAGCCUGGUGACUUGUUAAUCUGACAAACGAGGAUUUUGUGACUUUAUUCAAAUCAAGAUUUUGGAAGGGCAUCUCCAUGGGAAAACAUGAAGAGGGAAAGUGUUCUAAGUCCGAGAAACCAUCUUCACCAGCAACAGCGUCUUUGUUGAGUGAUCCUCAAUCCUUCUGUACUGACAGGAUAAGACUAAUCAGAUUAAUAUUCACGGCCAUCCUGGUUGGGCAGCCAUGCAGGCAUAUUAUGGCCCCCAAGUCACUCUUCCGCCAUAUUACAACCCUGCCGUGACUUCAGGCCAUGCUCCUCACCCAAAUAUGUGGGGCACACCUCAGCCAGUGAUGCCACCUUAUGGGGCAACUUAUGCAGCAAUCUACCCACAUGGAGGGGUUUAUGCACAUCCUGCUAUUCCUCUUGCUGUAUCUCCUUUGACAAUAGAAACGCCUACAAAGUCUGGAAAUACAGACCGAGGUUUAAUGAGGAAGUUGAAAGAAUUUGAUGGGCUUGCAAUGUCAAUAGGCAACAGCACUGGUGAGAGCUCUGAGGGUGGGGCUGAACGUAGGCUGUCACAGAGUUUGGAGACCGAAGGUUCCAGUGAUGGGAACACCACCAGGGUUCAGGCAAAUCAAGCCAGGAGGAAAAGAAGCCAUGAGGGAACACCCACCACUGAAUGUGAUGGCAAGAUUGAGACCCCGGCCAGUCCAGUUUCUGCUAAGGAUGUAAAUGCAGCUCCUGACAAGGCCUUGUGCGCAAUUGUCACUCCUGGUAGUGUUGCUGGAAACUCUGUUGGGGCUGUUGUUUCCCCUGGCAUGGCCACAUCAUUGGAGCCCAGGAACAAUACUAAUAUGAAUUCAAAGACAACAACUACUGGUGUCCCGCUGUCCUGCACGAAUGAUAGGGAGCUGAAACGAGAGAGGAGGAAGCAGUCUAAUCGAGAAUCUGCUAGAAAGUCCAGGUUGAAGAAGCAGGCUGAGACAGAAGAACUUGCACGUAAAGUCGAAUCCUUGACUGCUGAGAAUGCAUCAAUAAGAUCUGAGAUAGAUCGAGUGACAGAACACUCCGGGAAGCUGAGGCUAGAAAAUGUUAUAUUAAUGGAGAAACUGAAAAAUGCUCAACUAGGACAGACAGAAGAGAUCAUUUUGAACAGCAUUGACAACAAGAGGAGGCCCCUACCUGUUAGUACAGAGAACCUGUUGUCAAGAGUUAAUAAUUCGGGUUCCAUUGUUCAGAGCACUGAGGAAAAGAGUGACAUGUAUGAGAACAACUCCAAAUCAGGUGCCAAGCUACAUCCACUCUUAGAUGCGAGUCCCAGGGCCGAUGCCAUGGCUGCUGGCUAACACAAAAGAACCAGCAUUACCAUACUUUUUAAACUUGUGGUUUUGGCAAUAUUACAAGUCCAGGAUUACUGCUAACAGUAAGCAGAAGAAUGAAACCAAACAGCUGAAUGCGGUUGGUGCCCGUGAAAAUGCAGACACAAAUUUUUACUUGUAAGUUGGGCUUUUCAUGUCAGAACUUAUGUCAUUUUAUCAGCGUUCAGAAUGCGUGGAAAGCAACUGAAGGUUAAUGUACAUUGAAGAGUUAAGAGAGAGAGUCGGGGAAAUAAUAUGAACCUUUCAUA